AAUAAUUAUCUCAGAUGUUUGACACUGCGUCUCUCAGUGUCUUUUCCACAAGAAACGUUCGAAACUGCGUAGAAAGAGGAAGAAAGUUUCAAUGGAAAUGAGAGAAACAUCUUUCCGUCUGAAAGAAUGGCUCCGAGCUACAAGACUGACUACUCUAAACUUUCCACCAAACAGAAGCAUAAAUUGAGGAAACCAGUGGUGGAGAAGAUGCGCAGAGAUCGCAUCAACAGCUGCAUCGAGCAGCUCAAAUCCAUGCUGGAGAAGGAGUUCCACCAGCAGGAUCCAAACACCAAGCUGGAGAAAGCUGACAUCCUGGAGAUGACGGUGGUUUUUCUGAAACAGCAGCUGCAGCCCAAGACCUCAGCUCCACAGAAAGCCCACUCCGACGGCUAUUCCCAGUGCUGCAGGGAGACCAUGAGCUUCUUAUCUGGAAACUCCAAGGUGGACGCUGUACGUCAGCAUCUGAACCACUGCCAGGAAGCCCAGAGAUCAUCUAAAGACCUCGCUCACGUGUCUCCAGCUUCACAUCAGAUCAUCAAGGUGAAGCAGGAACCGAGUGCUCGCAGACCUCUCUGGAGACCCUGGUAGAUGAUGAAAGACUUUGACAGAAGAACUAGAUGGUGGUUUUACCAUCUCUUAUGUAAUAGGAGAUACUUCCUUUUCAAAUGUUUUGAAAGAAUGGCGCUUCUACCUAGUUUGUAGAAGAAAAUGGGUUUCACAAUGUGAAAGUCUAAUCUUAUACAGAGGAUUAUAUUCUGAUAAGAAGUUUAUUGUAAAACACCUCUGUAGUUUUCCUCAUGGAUGGACAAUAAUUUGUAUAAAUCUUCACAAUGAAGAGUCGAUAAACAUCUGUUUAACUCCUGUGGAGUCUAAGUAAUUAUUUGCAAUGUUUGAUUUGCAAAUGUAAUGGUUCCUUCUUAUGAAAGAUGUGAAUUUUUCUUAUUUCCAAUAUGUAGUGGUAUAUUGUGCAGUCAUACUGUCAAAAACAAA